AUGGUGAAUAGAAACCAAAAUGCCGAUGAUAUCAUACGGCAAGUUCGACAUGACGAUGUAGCAGUAGAUAAUAAUCUAGCAGCUAUAAUCAAAAGAAUUAUGGUUCGAAAUGGGAUAAAUUUCGGCCUUAGAAGGACAAAUUAUACGUCACCUUUGUUAGAGUAUAUCUUGCAGGCAGAAGCACCCCCUAGAACCAAAAUCCCUAAAUUCACUAAGUUUUCUGGGGAUAUCACUGAAUCCACUGUCGAGCACGUGGCUAGAUAUUUAAUUAAGGCAGGGGAUAUGUCAAACAAUGAGAGCCUUAGGAUAAAACAAAUUCCAAUUUCUCUCACAAAGAAUGCUUUCACAUGGUUCACCAGCUUGCCCCAAAGUUUGAUCCACACUUGGAACCAACUAGAGAGAAUGUUCCAUGAGCAGUUUUACAUGGGACAAACGAAGAUAAGUUUGAAGGAAUUGGCUAGUAUUAAGCGAAAGUUCACUGAGCCAAUUGAUGACUAUCUAAAUAGGUUUCGAUUUCUCAAAGCUAGGUGUUUUACACAAAUACCGGAGCAUGAACUGGUUGAAAUGGCCUCUGAGGGCCUCGACUAUUCGAUUAAGAAGAAAUUAGAUACUCAAUACCUGAGAGAUAUGGCCCAAUUGGCUGAUAGGGUUCGACAGUUGGAACGUUUGAAGGAAGAAAAGGCUAGGGCAAAUAAAGGUAAAAGGGUAGCCUAUGUCGAUUUCAGAAAUGAUGAUGAAGGUUCCUGUCAUGGACUUUCAGACUUCAACGAUAAUGAUAUCGACCUUGCUGAAUUGACAUAA